AGGGCCCGCCGGGAGUCGAGCGGAGGGCCGGGUUAGGCGAGUCCGGGGCGGUGCCGCGCCCGCAGGGCUCCGGGUCCGGCAGGGGCGGAGCCGCGCCGGGCCGGGGCGGGGCGGAGGUUGUCGGUCCGCGGCGCCGCCUGUUCAGGUGUUGCGGCGGCUCCACGUCGCCAGGCGGCCCCCGGGCUGGAGCGGACAGAGCUCGGCCCGCGGCUUGGGUGAGCCCAGGCUGGCCCCAGCGUCCGGAGUGCCGGUCCUUCUGCUCCCGCAAGGGCAUGGCGGGGCCGGGCCCAGGCCCCGGGGACCCGGACGAGCAGUAUGAUUUCCUGUUCAAGCUGGUGCUGGUGGGGGACGCGAGCGUGGGCAAGACGUGCGUGGUGCAGCGCUUCAAGACCGGCGCCUUCUCGGAGCGCCAAGGAAGCACCAUCGGCGUUGACUUCACCAUGAAGACGCUGGACAUCCAGGGCAAGCGGGUCAAGCUGCAGAUCUGGGACACGGCCGGCCAGGAGCGCUUCCGCACCAUCACGCAGAGCUAUUACCGCAGUGCCAACGGGGCCAUCCUCGCCUACGACAUCACCAAGAGGAGCUCCUUCCUGUCAGUGCCCCACUGGAUCGAGGACGUGAGGAAGUACGCGGGCUCCAACAUCGUGCAGCUGCUGAUCGGAAACAAGUCGGACCUCAGGGAGCUCCGGGAGGUCACCCUGGCUGAGGCACAGAGCCUGGCUGAGCACUAUGACAUCCUUUGUGCCAUUGAGACUUCUGCCAAGGACUCCAGCAACGUGGAGGAGGCCUUCCUGCGGGUGGCCACGGAGCUUAUCAUGAGGCACGGGGGUCCCAUGUUCAGCGAGAAGAGCACUGACCACAUCCAGCUGGACAGCAAGGACAUUGGGGAGAGCUGGGGCUGUGGGUGCUGAUGGGGGCAGGGCAGGCGGGCAGGGGCUCCCCUCCUCCUUGGGCUCUCUGGACCAAGCCCAGCCCUCCAGAGCCGGCCCUCCUGAACACCAUGGUUCGAGAGCAGCUGAGUAAAGCCCUGGAGUGAUGCAUCCUCUGUCCUGGAUGCUUGGUGGGCAGCCUCCCUUUGACGGGGGGAGAGAAGCAGGGUACUACCUGCAGGGGGGCUGGUGGCCCAGGGUAGGGUAUGGGGCUCACCCCUCUCCAUUCUUCACAUUCCAGGAAUGGCCUGUGCCUGCCAGUGUAGACUGCAGUGGGCGAGGCUGGGCAGGUGCCCGUCCUGCUCCACACCUACUGGUCUGGCCACUUCCUCCCUAGAGUCUGCUGCAGCUGUGGCAGCAGGUCCCUCCCUUCCACGAUGUGGUUAGUGCCCUGGGUCAUUCCUGGGACUCUGGCAGCUGCAAGCAAAAGCAGCCAGACCCACAGAUGCAGUGCCUGAGCACAGCCCCAGGGAUACCCACGCUCCUUCCAGGAGAGGAACCCGCUUCCUUCCUUCACUGCCGGCUUCUCCACUCACAGACACUUCCUUGGGGCCUGGCUCGGUGCCUUAUCAAGACCUCUCAAGUUUUCUGGU